AUGAAGUAUUCUACAUUCGUUACUUUAGCUUCAAUUUUAUCGACUACAGUAAUUGGUGCUGCUUUACCAGCUUCAAAUUUUUCAACUUUAACACCAACAGCUACUGCUCCAUCAGGUGCAACUACUGAUUAUACAAAAUCAUUUGGUUUUCAAAUUGAAACUGUUGAGGUUGCUUCAAAAUUAUCAACUGAUAAUGCUACUUCAACUUUAUCUUUAAAAAGUGCUAGUACAACAAAUGGUAAAAGAGAUGUUGUUAAUGUUUUAUCUGAUGGUCAACCAAAUGAUAUAACUUCAAGUAAUUAUGCAAAUCCAACCCCAACUACUGUUAAACCAGUUGCACAAAUAAGUGAUGGUCAAAUACAAAAUCAAAAAUCAGCAGCUGCUCAAUCUGUUGUAAAUCAAAUUUCUGAUGGUCAAGUACAAAAUAAUCCAACUACUGCUGCAUCAGUUGUUAAUCAAAUUGGUGAUGGUCAAGUACAGAAUAAUCCAACUACUGCUGCAUCAGUUGUUAAUCAAAUUGGUGAUGGUCAAGUUCAAAAUAAUCCAACUACUGCUGCACAAACAACUGCAGCUGCUGUUAAUCAAAUUUCAGAUGGUCAAGUUCAAAAUAAUUCAAAAACUACAGCUGCUGCAGUUAGUCAAAUAAGUGAUGGUCAAGUUCAAGGUUCAAAAACUGCUUCAACUAAUCCAACAGCUUCUGGAGAUAUUGGUUCAAAAGGUGAUGGUCAAGUUGUUAAACCACCAACUAAUUCAACUGCUUCAGAAGGUGAUGGCCAAGUUAUUAAACCACCAACUAAUUCAACUGCUUCAACUACUUUAGAUUCAAAUGAUUCAGUUCCAACAGCAUGUGUUUCAAAAAAUAAUUUAGUUAUGAAUUUAAAAGAUGGUGUUUUAAGAGAUUCACAAGGUAGAAUUGGUUCAAUUGUUGCUAAUUAUCAAUUACAAUUUGAUGCAGGUACUCAAGCAGGUGCAAUUUAUGGUGCUGGUUGGUCAAUUUAUGAUGGUUAUUUGUAUUUAGGUGAUGAUAAUGUUUUCUAUCAAUGUUUAUCAGGUGAUUUCUACAAUUUAUAUAAUGAAAACAUUGGAGCUCAAUGUAAUGCAAUAAAAUUAAGAAUAAUUGAUUUUGUUGAAUGUUAA